UAUCACAUUCAAACAAAUGUUUUUCUGCUUCACAUGUAAGUUUUGCUUUGUUGUAACGCACCGGUCGCAAGUUUAUUUAACACAGUCCCCGGCCAGUCGGUGUCCAACCUCUCAAACGUCGCAAGGGAGAGAAAGUCUUCACAUGCCCACGUUGCUCAGCCAACAAUGUUCACUAUGAGAAGAUCAAUGACUGCUUUACGUUCUGCUUCAUACCUAUCAUACCUUGCGGUAACACUAGGCAGCUCUACGAAUGCUACACUUGUGGCUGGAUCAACGUCAACCAACCACCGUAUUAGCCACCGCCCGCCAAGUUGUUCUUUGACAUUUCCUUUUUUCUCAAUAUUCUUACGCACUAUUUAUUUAUUUCUGGCACCUAUUAUUUUAUAUCUUGUCCUGGCGCUAUACCGCUCUCUAUAUCGGGUCCUGGUGUACUAACUUCUAUUGGAUAUCGGGUCCUAAUGCCAUAGUUUUAUUUUAUAUCGGAUCUUGAUGAUAUGGGGUUU